GUUGUAAAUUGCUUAAAUUAUAUGACGUGACAUGUACAAGCAUUUAACAUUGUAAUCAUUGUAAACCUUAAAAAAGGUUCAUUUGCUGCAGUUUUUUAAUGUGUUCAAAUAUAAAUCGUUUCUGAAAAAAAAAAGAAUAAUAUAGCAAGGCUACCAUCAUGUGUUAUGAGGUCCACUGACAAGAAUCUUGAAGAGUGAUUGAGAGUCAUUGAAGGUACACCAAAAGGCCACCCCUACGUGAGGUUCACACAAGAAUGUCGGGGGCGUUCUUCCAUAAGGGCAUCACACGUUUUCAAGCGGAGCUGUACCUUACCAACACCAAGGAUAAUGGGAGUUUCCUCGUGCGGGAUUCAGAGUCUCUGGCUGGGGCCUAUGUCCUCUGCUUACUGCUAAACUCUGAGGUUCACCAGUACAGAAUUCUGCCAGGACCAGAUGGGAAACUGCAUGUUCAGUCUGAGUCUGGCACAAUACAGCGCGGCUACAAUGAUCUCACAGAGCUGAUUGCUGACUACAUCAAGAAGAAGGAAAACAAUGGCCUGGCAUGUGGCCUCGUGCACCCUGUAGCUCCGGAGGGAUCUAAUGAUGAUGGAGAACUCACAGAUGAUGAUGAUGACGAUGAUGAUGAGGAAGACGAUGACGACGAUUUUGAGCAUCCUCCACCGGUACAGAGUCCACCUGCUACACCUACGGACAAGAAGAAAAACAAUGAGGCAGAAAAAAUAGACUUGCAGAGAAACUUCAAUAAGCUUGACUUGACUAGGUGUGACAGUGUGUUCAAGAAGGCGCUAAAGGAUUAUGUGGACAUUGGCAGCCAGAAGGACUCUACGGCCCUCAACGCUGGUGAUUCAGAACUACAAGAGUUUGAAAAACUGCUUGACUCAACCGCUAGUGGGCUUAGAAGGGAGCUGGACACAUACAUGCGGAAUAUAGAGGUUCUCCAUGAGCUGUUGAAAGUUGAAAACCGAAAAAACUCAACACUUGACCACAGGCACAGGCCAUGUGGCCCAGGGCUCCCUAAUCUGCUGGAACAGAUGUCCCGUGUACGCAGCAAGAUACUCAGUCUUCAGACAGAGGCUCAGGAGACAAUCCAGCUAGCCAGCAUUCCGUCUGACUACGAAUAUCUGGAUUACACGGACCCGAUGUAUGCGGGUAACGGACUUACGAGCGGGCCAUUCCUAAUGUCGAAGUACCGGCCAUACAUUCCACAGAGCAAGUUCGAGGUGAAGAAAUUAAAAAGCAACCGGCCAACAAAGCUAACCUUGACUGUCGACCUUCAGAACGGGAAAUACUCAGUGCUCAAGCAGACGGGAAAGGAGUCUCUAUCACAUAACACAAUAUCUCAUGACAGAAUACCAGAACAAGAAAUACUCUGUGGCCGGUAA